AUGAAAGCGGAGCCGAUGGACGUGAUGGUGGUGCAGGUGUACAUGCCGACAUCGAGCCACGACGAGGUGCAGGUAGAACAAAUCUACGAGCAGAUAGACGAGAUGCUGUCUCAGGAAGGCAAAGGAAAGGUCAACGUGGUGAUUAUGGGAGAUUUUAAUGCAGUAGUCGGAAAGGGAUCAGAAGAAAAGAUAGUCGGAAAAUACGGAUUGGGCAGAAGGAACGACAGAGAAAAUAUGCUGGUCGAUUUUUGCCGCAGAAAUAAUCUGAUGAUCACAAACACGUGGUUUAAAAAGCGGAAGACAGGGCUGUAUACUUGGAAAAGCCCGGGAAACUGCAAACGAUAUCAAAUUGACUACAUCAUCGUCAAGAACAGAUUCAGAAAUAGCGUGAAAGACGUUAAGACUUUUCCAGGGGCCGAUAUAGACUCCGAUCAUAAUCUGCUCACGGUCGAUAUAGAGACAAAGCUGAAGAAUAUCCGCAAAAUGGGUAAAAGGAGACAGAGAUGGAAUUUGGAAAACCUGAGAAACAAUAAAAUCGUAGUGAGGAGAGAAAUGGAGACGAAGUUUAGCGUAAUAAAAGAUAGGGAAGAGGUAGUAGAAAAAGAUUUGAAUGAGGUAAAAAGUGUACUUCUGGAAACGCUAGAAAACAACGUCGGAAAGCUAGAAAAGGUAGCUAAAAAGCCAUGGAUAACCCAGGAGAUCAUCAAGAAAAUGGAUGAGCGUAGAAAGUACAAAAAUACAGAUCCGAGGAUGUAUAGAAAAAUAAAUAAUGAAUUAAGGCGAGAAACAGAGAAAGCAAAGGUGAAAUACAUGGACAAAACGUGCAACAAGAUAAUGGAACACCAAAUACAUGGUAGGUAUUAUUUAAUGUUUCAGGCUACAAAGGAAAUGAACUGGAAUGACAGAAAAAGCAGAAAAACAUACGAAAUAGAAGACGACAAUGAAAAUAGAGUGAGUGACCACAAGAAAAUUCUCAGUGUAUGGGAAAAAUACGUUGAGAAAUUGUACGAUAGAAAAAAUCGUCCUAAUAAUAUCGAGAUGGAAGAAGAGAAAGAAAUGGGCGAAGACGACAAGGGACCGUGCAAAUUGAAAAGCGAAGUCGAGAGAGCAAUAAAUGAGAUGAGAAGAAAGAAAGCAACGGGAGAUGACGACAUACCGGCGGACCUACUGAAAGAGCUGCGCAACACCGGAUUAAGGAAAUUGACAAAAUUGUUGAAUCAAAUAUAUCGAACGGGUGAAUGGCCAAAGGACUUUUUGGAUGUCACGAUGAUAGCUCUUCAGAAAAAGCCCAAAGCGAUAAAUGCAGCGACCACAGGACGAUCAGUUUAA